UCAAAACUGGCUGCACGUGCCGCUCUCCUUUCCUAUUGCAGGAUAUGCGCAGGUGUAAAAUUGUUCAGUAAAAUCUCCUACUACGGCAGUAAGCUACCCUAUGUCAAUACAUCAAAAUCUAUCGUACGAUGAAGUUGCGAAAAUCGACCGAAAUGUGAGUGAAAAUAUUAAUUAGUUUGUGCAUUUUUUUCAUCUUAAAAUACUUCUUCAGUAAUGUUUACAAUUUUCAAUAAUGGGUGAUGGAAGCUCCGGCGACAUGACAUGCGCAGUUACAAUGUUAUGAUCCACCCUGCCCAGUCGAUGGACCAAUGAAAUGAAGCGCUUUUGCCGCCACUCUUGGUAUUAGGAUGCUGCUCCGCCUAGAGGUCUAGUUUGGAUACAACGCUGUUCCGUGCACUCGAUUCCGUCAGAAGUCUACAAACGGUUUUGUUUCGAAACAGAUUGUUUUGAUGCUGUCACUAGUUGUCAUCGUCGCAGAGGGCGUGCAUAUGGCAUAUUCUGUCAGAAAACUACUUUGGUCAUUCUGCUAAAUUAGUAUUCUAAUAUUUCUUAGCUUAAAUUUUUAUAGCUGUCGAUAUGCAGCAGUGCCAGGCUAUUUUCGAAAAUUUCGAUCCAGCUACCAUGACCAUAUGCUGUGUGCCAUCGUUCUGUCAUGUCGGUGAGCCGAUUUAUUUGGAAAAAUUAACCGAUGUAGUAAAAGUUAUAUGCAAUAACGAGAACUGUACCGAAGGAGAAUAUAUGCACAAAGUUUGUUUUGACCAGUGGGAAUACUCCGUCUUGACAUUCCUGCGCUCCACCGGCCGAGCUCGCAGUUGGAGCGAGAAACAACGUUUACAAAAUCUGUGGACCAAAAAAGGAUACGAUUUAGCUUAUAAAGCUUGUGGAUGUAAAUGCAGUAAAGGGCAUUUGCGCAAAGAUUUGGACUGGACCCCUCCGACAACUCCUAUCGAAACUCAAGCAAAAAAAAAGCGACAUCGUAAGAAGAAAAAUGACAAACCUAUUUUGUCCAUUACCGGCAGUGCUUCAGCCGUGAAGCCUGGGUUGACAAUCGGGCAACAAGUUCCUGUGAACCGUAUUCGUAGCUCAAGUAUAUCCAGUAUGAGCUCCACAUCCGGAAGUCCUCCAAAUUCCGCAUCUUCGGAUUGUCCACUCUCUCCGAGCUGGGGAGCGAAAAACAUCGUUCCAGAGCGCAAAGAGCGUCAUACUAGUGGAAGCAUUUUUUGCAGACGACAAGAUUAUUCAUCUUUUAACUCGUUACCUCGUAAUAAAAUUAAUUCCUAUCACAUCAAAAUCGAAGAUGAAGGUAACCAAGGAAAUGAUGAAAUAAGGUGCUUUAUACUAUCCACUCUUAGUGCUAAUAAAACUUCUGGUGUCAAUUGCAUAUUUUGCUAUAAUCCGAUGAUCAUUUUUGAUCGUUAUCCCCUGAUUGAUGGAACAUUCUUUAUUUCUCCUAGACAUUAUUCUAGUAGCUCCAUUUCUGUUAAUGUUGAUAGUCAAAUUCAGUACCUAAAUGCAAUUUGUAUGGCAUGUUUAGAGGGGUGGAAUGCAGUUUUACAAUGUAAACAUUGUGGGCAAAAGUGGGAUGGGAGUGACUUGAUCUUGGGCACUAUGUAUUCCUAUGAUGUGAUUGCUGCUACUCCAUGUUGUCAAGACCGUUUAAAGUGCAAUAGUUGUCAAGACUUGGUAAUACCACCUGAUCGCUUGUUAAAUUUUAGUCACUACAGCCGUAGUAUAGCAUGUCCGACAUGCAAUGCAGUUGAUUAUCAUUUUAUAAAACCCUUAGCAACUUACUAUAUCAAGAGUGCUUGUUAAAAAGGUAGUUAACUUUUGGAAGGGUGAGUGUAGACAGGGUGGGAAAAAUCAAUGGUUAUGUUUAAAAUUUCUUUGAGAUGUUUGUUAUGUUAUUGUGUAAAAACAUUUUUGACCAUGUGAAGCACAGAUCUUUUAAAAAAAUAUUUAGUUUAAAUUCAUGAUUUUUUUUUCUUGUAUUCAUUUUUGUGUUAAUGAAAAAUGCCAAAUAUGAGCUUUUCAUUGCAUGUUUUUUAAAUUUUUUUAUAUGCUAUUUUCUAAACACCCUGAUUUUAUUCCUUAGGAUUUUUUUUUCUCUUUUACUUGAGUUUUAGUUAAGUUUUGUUCUGUUAGUUAGACUGUUGAUAUUAUGAGUUAUUUUUUAAUUUUGAAUAUUAUAACCUUACGUGGGUAUACAUAUGCUUAAAAAUACCAUGUUAUACUGUGAUGCAGGGAAUUAUAGAGGAUAUUAUUUUGCCUUGUAUGUUUUAUUAUAAUCUUUUUGUAGAUGUAUUCAUUUACAUUAUUGCUUUCAUCUUGAACUUUUUCCAACUACUAGGAGAGGUUAUGCAAAGCAUAUUAUUAUUAUUAUUUUUUUUUUUUUUGUAAAUUAAAUCUUUCAAGAUUUAUCUAAAUUUAGUUAAAUUGAAACAAAAAUUAAUUUUGGAAAAAAUUUGAUAAAAAUAGUUAUAUUUAUUGAAUACAAGGCAUCUAGCAUUGAGUUUGGAUUUUAAAAAAAUCUGUUUUGUGUUAAAUUCUCUAUUAUGAGAAAUUUAAAUGUUUGUGCAUGUGCUGUUGAUGUUAAGUUGUCGCUAAUAUGUAGAAAUAUCUAUUUACUAACUAGAUGGUUCAUUUAGCUUUUAACAUACAGUAGUGUACAUCAAUGUAAAUAAAAAGCUUUUUCACUUUAUUUUGCAUUAUAUAUUAAUAGGAAUGCAAAAAUUUAACUGAGAAAUUCCAAAAUCUAAUUUUAAAAUGUUUUAUGUGGUGCAUUUCUUUGUAUUAAUUUUGAUUUGCUUUUGCAUACUACAGUUUAUUUCAUAAUAUUUCAUUUAUGCUAUAAAAUCGUACAGUUUAUGUUCAGAUAAUUUUGUUUUCUAAUAUUCAAAUAUUUUCAAACAAUCUUGCAAAUCUUUUUUGGAAUGAAUUUUUUUUAAAUUUUAUAUGAAGAUUUUGCACAUCAUGUAUCAACCUGUUUAUAAAAUAUACACUACUGUGGAGCAAAAUAGAAAAGUUUGUAAAUAAAUUACAAUAAUUUUGUUAAGAAUAUAUAUUAUAAAUUUCAAUGGAUUUUCACUUAACUGAUCUCCAGUCUGAACCAAAUGUAUUUGAUUUGUUUUUCCUAGUUGAGACUCGAACGAAGAAAGUUUUUAAAAUUUAUAUUUCUUCUUUUAUAUAAAUUAUAAAAAUUAUUAUUUAUGAUUAUUUAUAAAACAAAAUAAAAUUAGUGGCCAUAGCAAAAAUAAAUGAAUACUUAUGUUGUUCCUUGUAUGAUUUUUAUGAUUAUGCUAGCUGCUACUUUGGCAGUGUUAUAAUUUUUGUUUGUUUUAAUGAAUUUGAAUUAAUAUUCAUUCAAUUUUUUUAAAUGUCAAAAUAUUUUCUAGCUGUUAUUUUGAAGAGACCCAUAAGAGUACAAAGAGAGUAAGGAAACUUUUUCAAUUUCGCUCAAUGCAGUUUGGUUGGGUUGAAACAGAGCCUAAAAAGUACAAAGAUCAGGUCCUGAUGAAUUUGAAUUGGGACAGUUAAAUGAUUUUUUUUUUUUUUUUUUUUGCAAAUAUGUCAUUAGAAAAUGAAAUUGUUAAUUUAUGUUUGAGUUGAUUUCUAUGUUGAAUGUUUUAUUAAUUGCAAUUAAAAAGUUUAGAAAGUAUGUAAAAAAGUUUUUGCAUAUGUCCUUUGCACUAUUAUAUGCAAUUUGUCUGUCUUGUGAAUAGAACAGAACUUUAUAAUAAAGCUGCCUUUUAAAAAAUACUGCUCAGAGUUUUACUAGUUGUAACUAAUUCUAAAAUUUAAAAUUUGUGUUGUAGCAAUAUGGUAUAGAUAAGGAAAUAAUCAGCAUAUCUGGAUGAAUUUAAAUAUAUCCACAUCAACUUAAAUCCACAAGAUUGCUAUAAGAACAAUCCAAUGUAUCAUAUUCAUUGUAAAAAUACUGUAAUAAAUAAAUCUUUGCAGAUUAUUUAACUCUGAACAUCCUGAAUAAGAAAUAAUUUACUUCAGGUAUUUACAAGUCCUCUUCCUUUUUUUUAUAUAUUGAUGAAGUCAUUAAUUGCUAGAUAGCUUUUUAUCACUGUUAAGUUUUAUCAAUUGUUGUUAAAGGAUAAUCAGAAUUUGUUACCUAUAGCUUUACAUUUCUUAACUGUGAUGACAGAAUAGAAUAGUACAGAAUGUGUUUCAGUAUGUUUUUCUAUAAGCUAUUUUGGUCAGUUAUAUCGAAUUUCAGAAGAAAAAGAAAACUAUAAGCAGUUGGAUUACCUACCUGUUUUGCAUGUUGAAAUUUUAUUUAUUUUAAAAGAUGUGAGAUAGUUUUUUCUCAUAUUUGUAUAUAUACAAUUAUGAAGCAAGGAGGUGAAGGAAUUAAUAUAAUUUAAAAUAUUUAUGGGUUUCAGCCAGUGUCACAUUAUUCCCCCUUACUUUGUUUUGCUCCUUCAGAACCUCAGCAGAUUUAACUAUUAAAUGCAAGAUUUUUUUUUUUUUCUUUAGCUAUUAAUUUGGCAUAUUUAAUCAAAGGUAAAAUUUAUUAGUUAUAAUUUUUUAAAUUUUAAAUAGAGCUCUCAUUUAAAACAAUUGUACUUUGUUUUGCAGAUUAGGCAAGUAUUAAUGUAGGCUGUAGCAUUCAAUUAAUAAUGUGUAAUAGAUAGGAUUUUAAAAUAAAUUUGUUGUAAUGAAUAUCUCAACUUCAUCUCCAUGCUUUUAAUUUGUAAAUUCCUCAAAGGAAUUGUUACAUUAUCAGAAUUCUAUUAUUCCCAGAGAUAUAACCUUUCUUCUUUCUUGUAUUUUCUGCACUUUUAAUUUAUGCUGAUUUUCUUACACACUUUACUACCAUUCUUUUAAUGUAAAUGUGUUCAUUAAAAUGUUUCAAAUAGAAUUCCAUUAUUCAAACAUGUUAAAAAUGAAAAUCAUGAAAGUAAAAGUGUAUGAAACUAUUAUAUCAUUUCCUGAUUGUGCUUCAAAUAAAAGCCUUCCACAAGCAUCUUUAAAAUAUUAAUCAUGGAAAUUACUGUAUCAUCUAUAUUUCUUCUGUGUGAGAGACAAGAGUUGUCAUAAUAAUAACUUUUAAAAAAAUGUAAAAUUUUUAUACAUUUUUUUAGAAUUAAUAUAAUUUAUUCAAUAUUUUUUCCAAAAGGUGCAAAUGUUUUACUUUGUUUUAGGUUAUUUGUCAAAAUUUAAAGUUCCAGUUGCUUUAUAAAACACACACAAAGUUUUAAUAAAAGCUUACACUGGUUAAAAUAUGAAUUCAACAUGAAUUCAUAUUUUCAGGACAUGAAUUCAAAAUUUUAAUAUUUUUAUUUAGUCUAAACUGGUACAGAAAACACUGUAUAGCUAUUUUAUUUUUAAAAAAUUAUUACAUUUUUGAAUUUAAUUAAUGGAAUUAAAAAUAAAGAAUUCUGUUAUUGAUAAAUUCUUGAAACUUAGAAGUACAAAUUUGCAUCGAAUUUAAGUGAAGAAAGAUCCAAUGCAAUAAAAAAUUAAAUUUUUCAUUAAAAAGGUUAUUAUCCAUAUGAAGAAUUAGAGUGUGUUCAAAUAUUAUGCAAUAUUUGUAGUCGGAAGCAGAUUACAAAUGUUUAUAGUAUAAGUGAGCUUGAUCUCUCCUGUAGAAUAAAAUAUCUGUUUAUUCAAUUUUUGUAUUCAGAGAUACUAUAUUUUUUAGUCACAUUUUUCACAAUGCUGUAUUGUAGGCCUUUUAUGUCAGCAUAUUGGUGUAUUCUGCAGGCUAAUAUUUUUAUCUUCCAGUGUUCAGUGUUUUUCUUGAAUUUUGGUAUGAUCUUGCCGAUUAAUAAUCUGUCAAGCUUUGUACAUAAGAAAAGACUAUCUCGACUGUUUUAUAUGAAUUGUAUCUAUAUUUGGUAUGAGUGAUAAUCUUGAAAUUUUGCUGAAAGGUGCCCGUCCAAAAGAAGAAAAAAAAGAGAUCUGUAAAAAAAAAAGUGUGUGUUUUGGUAAUAAUGGUAUUGGUUGAUGCAAUAAAACAAUAAAAAAACCUAAAUGUAUUCAUGUAAAGAAUUUUCGAGAUGUUUUGUGUUGUUUCGACAAAGCAAUAUGCCUUUUUUGUAUGUGUUGUCUAUUGACUUGUCUUCUAUGUAACUUUGAAGAAAUAACUUGUAUUCAUUCAUGCACUGUUUUCUUCUUUUCUUGAACCCUAUUGUAAAUAUAUAUAAAAUGUAUUACAUGUGUAUUUGAAUCUUAAAACUAAAGUCCUUUU